GUGGCCCUGCCCUACAAGCCCUACUUCUACAUCGCCACCCAGAAGGGCUGCGAGCGAGAAGUGUCCUCAUUCCUCUCCAAGAAGUUCCAAGGGAAGAUUGCAAAACUGGAAACUGUCCCCAAAGAAGACUUGGACCUGCCAAACCACUUGGUGGGCCUCAAGAGGAACUACAUCAAGCUGUCCUUCAACACGGUGGAUGACUUGGUGAAGGUGCGGAAGGAGAUCUCUCCUGCCGUGAGGAAAAACAGAGAGCGAGACCAGGCGAGCGAUGUCUACACAGCCAUGCUGUCAAGCGCUCUGAGCGGAGGCAGCCUGAGCAUGGAUGAGGAAGGGGCCUCCAGAAAACUUGCCAACCAGAUGGACAACAUUGUGGACAUGCGGGAGUACGACGUGCCCUACCACAUUCGCCUCUCCAUUGACCUGAAGAUCCACGUGGCUCACUGGUACAACGUGCGGUACCGGGGCAGCACCUACCCCCCCGAAAUCACCCGGCGAGACGACCUGGUGGAGCGGCCGGACCCUGUUGUUCUCGCCUUUGACAUUGAAACUACCAAACUCCCUUUAAAGUUUCCUGAUGCGGAGACAGACCAGAUCAUGAUGAUCUCCUACAUGAUUGAUGGGCAGGGCUACCUGAUCACCAACAGGGAGAUCGUCUCGGAGGAUAUUGAAGACUUUGAGUUUACCCCCAAGCCGGAGUACGAGGGUCCGUUUUGUGUCUUUAACGAACCAGAUGAAGCUCAUUUAAUCCAGAGGUGGUUUGAACACGUCCAGGAGACCAAACCCACCAUCAUUGUCACAUACAAUGGAGAUUUCUUUGACUGGCCCUUUGUCGAAGCAAGAGCAGCAGCUCAUGGAAUUAAUAUGUAUCAGGAAAUUGGGUUUCAGAAGGACAGCCAGGGAGAGUACAAAGCAUCCCAGUGCAUCCACAUGGACUGUCUAAGGUGGGUGAAGAGAGACAGUUACCUCCCAGUGGGAAGUCACAACCUGAAAGCAGCAGCUAAAGCAAAACUGGGUUACGAUCCAGUGGAGCUGGACCCUGAGGACAUGUGCCGGAUGGCUACGGAGGAGCCUCAGACCCUGGCCACCUACUCAGUGUCCGACGCCGUUGCUACCUAUUACAUGUACAUGAAGUACGUCCAUCCUUUCAUUUUUGCCCUGUGCACCAUCAUUCCCAUGGAGCCCGACGAGGUGUUAAGAAAAGGAUCUGGGACACUGUGCGAGGCACUGCUGAUGGUUCAAGCCUAUCAUGCCAACAUCAUCUUCCCCAACAAGCAGGAGCAGGAAUUCAACAAACUUACAGAAGAUGGCCAUGUGCUGGACUCAGAGACUUACGUGGGAGGCCACGUGGAAGCACUGGAAUCUGGGGUCUUCCGCAGUGACAUCCCCUGCCGCUUCAAAAUGAAUCCCGCCGCCUUCGCCUUCCUGGUGCAGCACGUGGAGAAGACGCUGCAGCAUGCCAUUGAGGAGGAGGAGGGUUUGCCAUUGGAUCAGGUCACCAACUUCCAGGAGGUCUGCGAUGAAAUCAAGGUCAAGCUGAAUUCCCUGAAGGACGUUCCGAACAGAAUUGAGUGUCCCCUUAUCUACCAUCUAGACGUGGGGGCCAUGUACCCCAACAUCAUUCUGACCAACAGGUUGCAGCCCUCGGCCAUGGUGGACGAGGCCACGUGUGCCGCCUGUGACUUCAACAAGCCCGGUGCCAACUGCCAGCGCCGCAUGACUUGGCAGUGGCGAGGCGAGUUCAUGCCCGCCAGCCGCAGUGAGUAUCACCGCAUCCAGCAGCAGCUGGAGUCGGAGAAGUUCCCUCCCCUGUCCCCCGAGGGAGCACCUCGCGCCUUCCACGAGCUCUCCCGGGAAGAACAGGCCAAGUACGAGAAAAAGCGGCUGGCAGAUUACUGCCGCAAGGCGUACAAGAAGAUCCACGUCACCAAGGUGGAGGAACGAGUCACCACCAUCUGCCAGCGAGAGAACUCUUUCUAUGUGGACACGGUGCGAGCUUUCAGGGACCGCCGCUACGAGUUCAAGGGGCUGCACAAGGUGUGGAAGAAGAAGCUGUCUGCAGCGGUGGAGACAGGAGACGCCUCUGAAGUGAAGCGCUGCAAGAACAUGGAAAUCCUGUACGACUCCCUGCAGCUGGCCCACAAGUGCAUCCUCAACUCCUUCUACGGCUACGUCAUGCGGAAAGGAGCUCGCUGGUACUCCAUGGAAAUGGCCGGCAUCGUCUGCUUCACGGGAGCGAAUAUCAUCACCCAGGCCAGGGAACUGAUCGAGCAGAUCGGGAGACCUCUGGAACUGGAUACAGAUGGGAUUUGGUGUGUCCUCCCCAACAGCUUCCCAGAGAACUUUGUCAUCAAGUCAACCAAUGCCAAGAAGCCAAAGGUGACAAUCUCCUACCCAGGUGCCAUGCUGAACAUCCUGGUGAAGGAAGGCUUCACGAAUGAUCAGUACCAGGAGCUGCAGGACCCAGCCUCUCUCACCUACGUCACGCGCUCGGAGAACAGCAUCUUUUUUGAAGUGGAUGGACCAUACCUGGCCAUGAUCCUCCCAGCUUCCAAGGAGGAGGGCAAGAAGCUGAAGAAAAGGUACGCGGUAUUCAACGAGGACGGGUCCCUGGCUGAGCUGAAGGGAUUCGAGGUGAAGCGCCGGGGCGAGCUGCAGCUGGUGAAGAUAUUCCAGUCUUCUGUGUUUGAAGCCUUUCUGAAAGGCAGCACACUGGAGGAGGUCUACGCUUCCGUGGCCAAGGUGGCCGACUACUGGCUGGACGUACUCUACAGCAAGGCUGCCAACAUGCCUGAUUCGGAGCUGUUUGAGCUGAUCUCGGAGAACCGGUCCAUGUCACGCAAGCUGGAGGACUACGGAGAGCAGAAGUCCACCUCCAUCAGCACUGCCAAGCGCCUGGCAGAGUUCCUGGGGGACCAGAUGGUGAAGGAUGCCGGGCUCAGCUGCCGGUUCAUCAUUUCCAAGAAACCAGAAGGGUCUCCGGUCACCGAGAGGGCCAUCCCCCUCGCCAUCUUCCAAGCCGAGCCCAGCGUGCGCAAACACUACCUCCGAAAAUGGCUGAAGAGCCCCUCGCUGCAGGACUUCAACAUCCGCGCGAUCCUGGACUGGGACUACUACAUCGAGAGACUGGGCAGCACCAUCCAGAAAAUCAUCACCAUCCCCGCAGCCCUGCAGCAGGUAAAGAACCCGGUGCCGCGGGUCCGGCACCCAGACUGGCUCCACAAGAAACUCCUGGAGAAGAACGAUGUGUACAAACAGAAAAAAAUCAAUGAGCUCUUCGCUUCUGAAGGGAAGAGACAGGUCCUCGCCAACCAGCCCCCGGAGGGGACACCCAGCUCACAGAUUGGUGACAUAGAGGACUUUGGGGCUACCAAGACCCUUCAGCUGCCAGUUCCCAUCGCAAAUAAGCGGAAGCGGGUCCCUGCGGCAGAGGAAAGCCAACAGAUGUCCCAGUACCUGGAGCUAUCCCAGUCCUGGCGAGAGAUCCUGGGUCCACCUCCACCCCUGGGGACCACCAAAGAGGAGCGGCUGGUCUGGCUGCGCUACCACCAGAAGAAGUGGGAGCUGCAGGCUCGGCAGCGGCGGGAGCGGCGGAAGAGGCGGCGCCUGGAGGACGGCGAGGUGACAGCGGGUGGAGGAGUGGUCCGCGAUGCUCUCUCCAAAGGGCUGGGCAGCUACCUGCGCCGGACAGCACGCAGCAUCCUGGACUUGCCCUGGCAGAUCGUGCAGAUCGCCGAGACCAGCCAGCCUGGGCUGUUCAGGCUGUGGGCGGUGAUCGGGAGCGACCUGCACUGCAUCAGGCUGAGCAUCCCCCGCGUCUUCUAUGUCAACCAGCGCGUCCCAAAGCCAGAGGAGGGAGCAGCUUACAGGAAGGUGAACAGGAUCCUGCCGCGCUCAAACUUAGUUUACAACCUGUAUGAAUACUCCGUCCCUGAGGACAUGUACCAAGACCACAUCAAUGAAAUCAAUGCAGACCUCUCUGCUCCGGACAUCGAGGGAGUGUAUGAGACGCAGGUGCCGCUCCUCCUCCGUGCCCUGAUCCAGCUGGGCUGCGUGUGCAUGGUCAGCAGGCAGCUCGUCAGGCACCUCGUGGGGCGAGAGGCUGAAACCUUUGACAUCGAGCACCUGGAGAUGCGCUCGCUCGCCCAGUUCGCUUACCUGGAGCCAGGAAGUAUUCGCCAUAUCUACCUCUACCACAGCUCCCAGGGCAGCAAGGCACUCCUGGGCCUCUUCAUCCCCUCGCAGCGCAAAGCUGCCGUCUUCGUGCUGGACAAGGUUCGCAGCAACCAGAUGCCAAAUCUCACCACCCUCUUCUCGGCGGAGCGCAGCGCGCUGCUGGAGAAGGCGGGUGAAGAGCUGCUGCCCCCGGACAAGCACACCUUCGAAGUGCGCGCCGAGACCGACCCCAAGGCCGUCUACAGGGCCGUCCAGCGGCUGCUGCUGGGCUACAAGGUGAGACAAAGGCACGAGGAAGGUCCUUGCGGGACCUCGUCCGUGCAGGCAGGUGGGAAGGGGUACUACCACAUCCCCAUUGGGAACCUCCCCGAUGACAUCUCCACCUUCGGCUCUGACCUGUUCUACUCGCGCCACCUCCGUCGUCACAACCACUUGCUGUGGCUCUCGCCCACGGCCCGCCCAGACCUGGGGGGAAAGGAGGCUGAUGACAACCGCCUGGUCAUGGAGUUUGAUGAGAGAGCCUCUGUGGAGAUAAACAACCCCGGCUGCUACUCCACAGUGUGUCUGGAGCUGGACAUCCAGAGCCUGGCUGUGAACACGGUGCUGCAGUCCCACCACAUAAACGACAUGGAAGGAGGCUCCAGCAUGAGCAUCAGCUUUGACGUGAUUCAGCAGGCGUCCCUGGAAGACAUGGUGACAGGGAACCAAGCUGCCAACAUCCCAGCCAGCUACGAUGAAACUGCCCUCUGCUCCAACGCUUUCAGGAUCCUGAAGAGCAUGGUGGUGAGCUGGGUGAAGGAGAUCACGCAGUAUCACAACGUCUACGCAGACAACCAGGUCAUUCACUUUUACCGCUGGCUCCGCUCUCCUUCCUCCCUGCUCUACGACCCGGCCCUGCACCGCACGCUCCACAACAUGAUGAAGAAGCUUUUCCUGCAGCUGGUGGCUGAGUUCAAGCGUCUGGGCUCCUCGGUGGUCUACGCCAACUUCAACCGGAUCAUUCUGUGCACCAAGAAGCGGCGCAUCGAGGACGCCAUCAGCUACAUGGAGUACAUCAUCAACAGCAUUCACUCCAAGGAAAUCUUCCACUCUCUGACCAUCUCCUUCUCCCGCUGCUGGGAGUUUUUGCUCUGGAUGGAUCCAGCAAAUUAUGGAGGUAUCAAGGGAAAAGUGGAUCCUCGCGUCCACUACGGGGAGGACACCAGCAACGUGCAAGCGUCGGAGGAGGACAACAGCGAGGAAGAGGAGGAGGCGGCAGUGGGGGAAGAAGAGGAGGAGGAAGGGGAGCCGAACAUGGAGGAGCUGCUGGAGAACAGCUGGAAUAUCGCACAGUUCCUGCCCCAGGCCGCCUCCUGCCAGAGCUACUUCCUGAUGAUCGUGUCGGCCUACAUUGUGGCCGUGUACCACAGCAUGAAGGAGGAGCUGCGGCGCAAUGCCCCUGGGAGCACCCCCGUCAAGAGGAGGAGCACCAGCCAGGUGUCCCAGGAGGCGCUGGGGGAGAUGGGCUCCAUGCCCGGCAUGAUCACCUUCUCGCAGGAUUACGUGGCCAAUGAGCUCACCCAGAGCUUCUUCACCAUCACCCAGAAGAUCCAGAAGAAGAUGGCCGGUUCUCGUAACGCCACUGAGCCUUCAGACAUGUUCCCAGUGCUGCCUGGCUCCUACUUGCCACUCAACAACCCGGCUCUGGAGUUUAUCAAAUACGUUUGCAAGGUCCUCUCCCUGGAUGCCAACAUAACCAACCAGGUGAACAAACUGCGCCGGGACCUGCUGCGCCUCAUCGAGGUGGGCGAGUUCUCAGAAGCAGCCCAGUUUCGGGACCCUUGCCGCUCCUACGUGCUUCCUGAAGUCAUCUGCAGGAACUGCAACUUCUGCAGGGACCUGGACCUGUGCAAGGACCCUGCCCUCUCUCAGGAUGGGUCGGUGCUUCCCAGCUGGGUCUGCUCCAACUGCCAGACGCAGUAUGACUCCGACGCCAUCGAAACAGCGCUGGUGGAAGCCCUGCAGAAGAAGCUGAUGGCCUUUGUACUGCAGGACCUGGUGUGCAAGAAGUGUUGUGGUGUGAAGGAGACGCACAUGCCCGUGUACUGCAGCUGUGCUGGAGACUUUGCCCUCACCAUCUCUGCCCAGACCUUCAUGGAGCACAUCACUGUCUUCCGGAACAUCGCCCGGCACUAUGGCAUGACCUACCUGCUGAAAACUAUCGAGUGGCUGCUGUGCACCAACCCCCAGCUCCGGCAGUGA